AUGCCGUCGGCUAAGAAAACCCCAGCUAAGGCUGGAAAGACCGUCGCUAAGACGCGUCAGAACGAAACCCGCAAGGCUGUGACCUCCCCGGAGCUUACCACACCCACCCCGGGCAGAAAGAAGAAGACCCGAAAGGCGUGGCCGUACACUCAUAUCCCUCCCAAGCCCGAAGACACGGCCAGAAAUGGUCGCCAUGAGGGACGCAACUUGAUCACUUGGACUCGUCCUCGUAUGGCCGAGAAGUUGUUGCUCCACAUCCAGUACGAAUGCCAUCGCUACAAGAUUGACCUCCCUUGGGAGAGUAUUUCCCAUCGCCUGCAUCCGGGCUCGUCCGGUGGUGCUAUCAUGCAGCACUUCAACCGACUUCGUUCGCACCUAGUCGCCGAAGGCCACCUCGUGCCUCCGGUCUGCCAGAAGCCCGGCACUGAUGGUGCCGAUGUGACUGUUCGUGGGUACAUCCGGAAGUACCCCGACUCUGAUGAUACUGUCACCACGCGUGAGGUCCCCUUCACCGAGCCCAUGGAGGAUCGUAAGUUCAAUCUGCCCGAUGCCUACAACAACAAGCGCAUCAGCACCAGUUUCAAGCGUGAGCAAAUGGGCGGUCGAAAGCGCAAGGGUAAGGCCACGGGCGCCGCUGUGAAGCGAUCCAAGACUGCCUCGCCCGAGGUCGACUUGGCCGACCUUGAUAGUGAUGGCGACUAUAAUCCCGGCCGCGAGACCCGGUCCAUCAGCGUUCGUCGCUCUAGCCGAUCCAAGAUGACUAGAUCGUUCAUCGAGGACCACGAUGACCACGAUGACCACGAGGAACUCGAGGCGAGCUUCGGAGCUGAGCAGGACGUCGAAUCCGAUGACGACGAUGACCAGACCGGCGAAGAGGCCGAUGAUGAAGCCGAGCAAACUGGUAUCGAGGAUGAAACCGAGCACACCGGUAUCGAGGAUGAAGCUGAGGGCACCGGUGUCUAUGCUGAAUACGAGAUUGAUGUGAUCGAUGGCGACGAAGACGAUUAUAGCGAGGACGGCACCGAGGAUGGCGAAGUCGAUGUUGUCAACGAUCCACCUGCUCCCGUCAGCCUUCCGGUUCCUAAGCAGGAGCCCUCGGAGAACUCCGAUUUCUUCAACAAUGCCGUCCCGUAUAACAACAACGACAUGAUGUACGCCAACUCUCACAAUGGCAUGAUGAACGCCAACUCUCAUGGCGGCAUGAUGAACGCCAACCCUCAUGGCGGCAUGAUGAACGUCAACCCUCAUGGCGGCAUGAUGAAUAUCGGCUAUCACAACGGCAUGAUGAACGCCAACCAUCACAACGGGAUGAUGACCACCAACUAUCACCACGGCAUGAUGAAUUUCAACCCCCAAAACGGCAUGAUGUAUACCGGCCCUAGUGGUUUGGAGUAUGUCGCCUCUGCCAGCGGCAAUGACUAUGUCCCAUACAACUAUGCCCGGGUUGGCCAGUAUGCAUUCCAGCACCCUGGUCAGGUCACUUUCGGACAUGGCUCGGUUUCCCACACGAGCUCCUACUCUCCAGAGUCUAUCAAUGGUCCGGCGCCCCAUGGCUCUGGAGGCAUCGACCCCAUGGCGAGCAAUCACCAGAUUCCUCACGGCCUGCCUGUUCCGCAGCACCAGUUUGGCCACUCUCUCGUGCAGAAUGCCGGUGCCUGGGUCAAUGGUCUUGAAUGCAUCGAAGACCCUUUCUAUGGUUUCAGCAAUGGUGACGAUAACGAGUGCGAUGACAAGUCCAGUGUCCAACACUAA